AUGGCUCAACAGCCCUCGCAACCGCAGUCGCAGUCACAGACGUCUAGAAUGGCAACGGCAACGGCGGCGGCAAGUAAUGGCCUGACAACAGCAGUCAACGUGCCUGCGGCCGUGGUGGUGCCUGCUCAAAACUCCGCACUGGCCACAACGACGGUUGGGGGUGCUGCAGCUAUGCUGACCCGAAUGAACAAUAACACCACCAAUUUUGGUCAAUACUACCUCCGUUUCCUACGACAUCAUUCCACUCGUGCGAGUCCUGUUACGGUGCAAUGGCUCCUACAGAAUUAUGAGACAGCAGAGGGGGUAAGCCUACCACGGAGUGCCCUCUACUCGCACUAUCUCAAUCACUGUCUAGACUACUGGUUGGAGCCAAUGAAUCCUGCCUCGUUCGGCAAACUCAUUCGUUCCGUCUUUGUCGGCCUUCGAACGCGUCGGCUAGGCACGCGGCAAGUCCCAGUUGUUCCAUGUUUAAACGGAAAUUCAAAAUAUCACUACUAUGGUAUACGGAUAAAGCAGAACUCUAGUCUCAACACAAUGAAAACAAACAGACCUUCAGGAUGGCUUCAAAAGUACCCGGACUACUCAUCUGGUUCAGUGGGAGGAAAGUCAGAGCCAGCCUCAGCAGCCUCUAAUGUCUACACGUGCUACUCCAAGUUUCGUUCAAUUCGAGCCAACACUACAGUUGGGUCAACAGCUGUGCCAGCAGUGCCCGUUGGAUUUUCCAGACCGAUGGAGACCACCUCGACUAGUUUUAUCAAAUCGGAGAUGCCUGGACCAAGUUCCCCAGCGAGUGUCUAUCGAACGUUGACAGCGCGCCCAACAUCCGCCAGUCUCCCCACGAUGGUGAAACCAAAGCUGACUGGCGUGUUCUACAAGGACGAUACCUCGACCACAAAGCCAGAGGCCUCGGAGACGAGCGCUUCACUGUGGAGGCCGUGGGAGACGAGCAGUAGUGGUGGAGUGGGCGCGCAGAGGACCGUUUCACCCUGUCUCUAUGACUGGCAGGGUAACGAUAAACUCUCGACUGAUCCAGACCUCUCUACCGGUGGAAUGGAGAGUGGUCCACUAACCUGUCUGACCGAUCAGGGCGGCGAAAACGAAGAUCGACUUUAUUUUGGCUCUGGCAGCGAUCAAAAUUUUUCCUUUCCACGUCUCACUGACCUCUGCCAAUUGGUGGGGAUUGAUUUGAGCCCUACAUCUACUUCCUUCCCCAUGGAUCUCUCAGUUGAGUCCUCAAACAGCGACUCAAACCGCAUUGGUAAGGAGAUAACAGAACGAGAAGCAAUCUUACAAUUCGUCAAACUCUACGAGCAGCACUGCGCCGAGGUCUAUGAGGCCAUUAUCACACCACAGUUGGAGAAAUUGCGCAACGUUUGGCAGAGAUUCUGGAGUCCCAGUGACACCCUGUCUCGUGAUCUAGGUCAAAGGGAGACUAUCGGAAGCAAUGGUGGUUGUGGUUGUGAGACUCGACUCAACAAAAUGCAGCUUGCUCUCAUCAAUAGCAGGAAGUGCCUCUGUCAGUUUGUGGAGGUCGCGGAUAGGGCGUUGUAUCAGACUCUGUUGGAGAUUAUUAUUGGAGAUAGCCUCAAAUCUAUGCCACCGUCUCUGCUCCAUACCGUGAGAGUAAUGGUUAAACGAGUCCAGCAUUGUCUGCGAUCAGCAAUUCGUCAUCUGAGUCCGACACUGAUCAACUGCAAACUAACCGCUAUUAGCGGUUUCAUUAAAGGGCUGCGUCGCGUCAUCGGUCUGGCUCACCUCAGCCGAGCAGUGGCGCAUGUCCUGAACACACCCGAGCGUCUUGAGCAGAUGCGCGCGGACAUCUGCAAGCUCGAUCUAGAGAGCAUUGAGGCGCAGGGCUCAUGGGCUAGUGAUUGUUUACCCUCGUGGACUCUCUUCACCGAACACAGCCUACUCGCCAAUUUCGCAGUUCCAAGCAUUGACGCCGCCUCCACGUUCUGCCGUGAUGACUACGUCGCCUCUUUUUCCCACCUGCGCUACCGCAAGUCCUCCUCUCCCGGGGCUGUCGGUGCUGCCGCCACCUGCGUUGGUGGGGCGAUGCAAUCAGAGGGCGUCUUUGAAACUGCUGGAUGCCCCUUCACAAUGGUGCAGCUGCACGCAGAGCUGCAACAUCUACUGGCAGCAAACGCUCCGCUUACCUGCUGGGUGGCCUGGCUCGAUCGUGUGGUGCUGCGUGGACUGGCUGGGCGGGUGUCGGGGCCGAAACGGGCCAAUGCAGCAAGACAGUUGAUGCUGGUGUGGAACUACUAUAGCUCCCUACUGAUACGAGAAUUGACGCUUCGCUCAGCCCUCAGUUUCGGCAGUUGUUACCUCCUGCGAAUGCUCUGCGACGAGUACCUCAGUUUCCGGCUGGAGCAGGUUGCCGCAUCGCCUUUGCUGACGAUCUUUUCACGGUGGAACACCUCGGCGCCGCAUGCGCCAGAGGGGUGCGUCUGUUUUGACGCUGCUCCUGCCAAUACCUCCACUUCCACAAUGACCGCAACGGCAGUGACGACACCAACGACGGUGAUGGUGGUCAAUGAAGGAGAUGCUGCCGCAACCCUCCUCACUACCUUUAACAGCAUGGAUGAGGAACGUGAGCCCAUGGCCGACAUAAGCGCUAACGGGGGCAGGGAUACGGAUAACGCAUCUCCAUGGGAGCAGUCUGUGUCGAAUACCUUUUAUAGUUGUUUCGACGGCACCCAGACAGUAGCGGAUUCCCUGAUGCUCGCACCCUCCACCGGUCUGGGAGCUGAACUUUGGUCGACGGUUCCUUUCGGUGGUGGUGAUAUGCUUCCGCCUUCGGCAUUCUCCGCCAUUACUGGUCCACCAUUUGCCGAAGAGUUGAUAGCUGCCACCAACACCUCAAUUACAGCUGCCACUACGCCCACGUCUCCGCCACCGCCUUCUGUCUCACCGCAAAUGAGCAUGGUUCCGGUCUUUCCUGACCAAUUCCUCUCCGCUUCGCCGCCGCCGCCACAGCUGGUGCAGCACUCCACAAAGGGGACGGAGGUAGGAAGCAGGAAGGCGCCUUCAAUGAGAUCUGGCUGCGAAAAGGAUUCGGGAGAUUCCGGUGUGAUAGCAGCUGGAACCGCUCUGAAGGUAGACCUCAAACGACUAUUUGUUUACCGGGCUCCUUAUUUAUUUAAUUUUUUGCCGACAACUGAAAGGAUUGGCACCGUUUUGUGGACUCCCAGUACAAAAGCGGAACGCUUCGCGUGUUGUAGUUUCUGGUGUACUCUUAUGGGUACAUGGUCUUCAGCUUUCUUCCUUGUUCUUGAUUGGGACCGUCCGUGGCAAGCCUGGCCCAUACCCUGUGUUGCUGGCUCUCUUUUUGGCUUCAUUGUUGGAUUUGGCAUAUACCUCUUGUUUCCUUUCAAAGGUCCUCCUUGUAUCAGCCUUCUUCAUCAGGCCUUAGAUUCCGCUGACCAGUCCCGAGACGACUUGUUAGAUCGUUGUCUGGUCUUUUUGUCCACCUAUUCUUGGGUGUACUCCUUCAAGUGGACCGAGCUGUUCUCGCGUCCAGAUCUCGAUCUCGUCAGCACCUGUCCUAAGGAAUGGGUCGAUGUUUUAUCGAAGUGUAACAUCACAGAUCUCCAGGAGUUUGCUGUCGGUGGCAGUGCCCCCGCUGCCUGGCCUGAGUCUCUCAAAUCCUUCGCGGAGCAGUGUGCAACCUUGACACAGGAGCUCAUCCAAUCGGCCACCUUCACACCCCCCACAACGUCUGUAACACCUCAAACUCCUUCUCAAGGGAUCUUAUGCCUCAAUGCACCUGCUGGUCAUAUCUUCUACCAGUGUCACUUCAUGAGAACGGCGUCACGCAAGGUGAAACCCAAGAAGCACCACGAGGUUGAGAUUAUGUCGGCGUUUCUCUGUGAUCUUCUGCAGAACUCACUGCUGCUCUCAAGUACCCCACUUGAUUGGGUUUCCAAGACUGGCUCAAAUAGAGAGGUCACCUUUCAGACCGCUCCCUUUGAAGGUGGGAUCAUUGUGAUGAACAAGGUACAAAGUAGACAACUGCAGGUCGUGCAUUGCCUACCACUUCUAGGACCACAGGACUCCCGGGACUACCUUUCAGUUAAUCUACCAACAUCCGCUUCUAUGCUAGUCGAUUUGGGCUCUGGUUUGGGGCAUCUGCCACGACGAGUGCUGCAACGCCUUGACCUCAUGUCGUUAAGGCCGCUUGUCGUUGCCGUGGAAUCCAAUGCAAUGUUACACGACACUGCACUACAGAUGGAGGCGAAGGAGCCACAUCCUGGAAGGCGCCUCAUUCGGCUAUUUGCUCAUGUGGAGAAAGACGAAGUUUGCCUAUUUAAAGAGAAACUCUUUGCGGCAUUGAAGGAGCAAGAGGAGGAGGAGGGGGAGAGGAAAGGAGAGAUAAGCUAUCUGCUCUGCGGUCUUCACUGCUGCGGUGACCUGAGCGAAGCGGCGCUAAAGAUCUUCCACGUCGAUCCGUGUGCUCAUGCUAUCGUUCUCGUGGGUUGUUGCUACCACAAAAUGACCACUCAGACGGAUGAUGUUCAGGAGGCCAUAGAGGAAGAGCAAGUUUUCACAUUCCCUCUCAGUCCCCAGCUACGUGCCGCAUUCCAGCGAUGUUCAGAUGCAGGAUCAGUGAUAGCAGAGAAGUUAAAAGCGACAGUAGCCCUUCGUCUAGCUUGUCAGUGGUCGCCGCAGCAGUGGUCACAAUGGAGCCCAAGGGAGGUCUAUGACCACCGCGUUCGCGUCUUCGUCCGUUCCCUUCUUGGGGUACACCUGAACCCCGCUUCUGCCCCUGCCACCAACAUCGCCAUUCUCAAACGAGUUGCCCGCUAUCCAGCCAUCUGCUCUCUGCCGUCCAACACUUGUCUCACUUCAGUGCGUCAACCACUGCCCAAACUUACCAGUCACUGGCAUGCUCUUCAGUCCGUUGCUGCCUCCGCCACUGGUGAAGCUGUUGGUGCUGCUGCUAUCAACGCUACGGAGCUCACCCAACUGGCUACUGCUAAAGAGGAGGUAUGGCAUCUCCUACCUGGUCUCACGGCACUGCAACAACUUGUCCAGCCCCUAAUAGAGGCUUUCAUUUUGGCUGAUCGUUUGUGGAGCUUGAAGACGGCUCCAAAUGUACGAUUUGCUACGCUUGUGCGUCUCUUUGACCCCAAACUAUCGCCUCGAUGCAUGGCUCUUGUGGCUGUAAAGAACACUUUGGACACUAUUUUACCCUCAUAA